AGACCUCCUCAUUACCCCCGUAUGUUACGCCCAUGCUUGUACUUCUCUCACUUGAUACAACAACACUGACAAAAUAUCAAUAACAUUGACCAACAGGAGCUUGGAUGUCAUGUUUCUAAUGCAGGUCUUCCUCCUAGAACCGGAACAAACCUCCUCCAGGACCUCCAGUGGUCUCUGAUCAGAAACUAGUCUCCACAGAUGGAAACGGCUUCAUGCGCUCUGAUCUGAGCAGGUUUCAGCUGGUCUUCACAAAUCAAAGCCGCACAUUCCACUGAGGAUGAUGACGGUGUGUUUACAUGAGAUAAAACAGGCUGAGAGGACGAAGGUCAAGUUCCAAGGUUGUGCUGAGGUGUAGGUGUGUGUUUGUAUGUGAACAGUGUGAUGAGGUGACGGCUUGUAAACAAUGUGUGUGUUUUAACUUACAGGCGACUUGAAGGGAAGCUGUUUGUUUUUGAAUGUUGUUGUUGCCAUGGUUUUCCCUCGACAGACGCUGCUGCUUCGUUACCUGCUGCUGUCGACCACGCUGUCUCUGCUCCUCUUCAUCAGCUCCUUCUGGCUACCUCAGGGUGGAGGACGAGACUGUGGCUCUUCCUGGCAGCCAUGUUUGACUUUUUACAGCCAAACGCCUGGUCCUCUACCAGCCCCUAAGGAGUGGGCAGGGCUGGAUGUAGCCCCGCCCCUCAUUAAAGAGUGUCCCGGACAGUCAUUUCAGGCCCGGCAUCUGCUUCGUCACCUCAAGUCCAGCCUGGCUGACAAUGAGGACGACAUCCUGCUGGAGUCCUACCUGCAGAGCUGGGAUCAACUUCUCAAUUUCAUGGAGUCUCUCGGGACGAUUGUCAGUUUCUUCUCUCAGAAAGUGAAAGAAAAGAUUUCGCUGAUUCGAGAGCUGUCACUGAAACACAGUUUAGAGGCGAGUAGGAAACCAGCCGACUCCGCUGGACCACAAAUCCCAGCAGCGUUUGGUCUACAAACCGGGGCAUAUCGAUCUGUCCAAUCCAUGGUGGAGGCGGAGCUAAAAGCGGGCGUGGUCAACUUCCUCCAUCGUACAGAUUCUGGAUGCAGAACGCUGCUGCGGCUGCAUCGGUCGCUGCUAUGGCUGAAGCUGAUGCUGGAGGGUUUAUCUGAGGGACCAGAUGCUGACGGACGCUACAAAACGCCCGGAGAGCUCAGCAGGGACGCCUACCAGGUGGCGUUGGCCCCCCACCACCCCUGGUUUCUCCGUCAGGCCGCAGAGUUCGUCUUCCUCGCCCUCCCUGACAGGAAGUACUUCCUGCAGUUGGUGUGUGUCCAGAAGCAGCAGGAGGCCACGCCAGUCCUACGCAUCAUCAUCCACGCCCUGAUGCUGGUGCACGAACGAACGCAACGAAUCCUGGCCGAGCACGACAUGCUGGAGCUGCCAUGAGCGGCAGACGUCCUCACCCCAACGACACAAACGCAAAAUCCAAAGAAACGAGAGCAAAUCAAACAUAUAACCAAGAACUUUGUGUUUGUGGAUGUUUUACUCGCAAUGUUUGAGUCCUUUCACUUCUUCAUUAUGAAACACAGAAGAUCUGCUGAAGAUGUUUGCAAACACCAGGAAGCAGCAAUGCUAACAUGUAGCGUAGCAACAUGAUGAGAAACUCAGCUAAA